AUGAAUAAAAGCAAAACAUAAAAUUUUCAUCUUUAUGAACCUUAACGUGCGCUUUAAGGACACAAAGCACAAAUUUAUGUAGCUAAGUUCAAUUUUGAUGGAUAAUAUUUAUUAACUGGUUCUUAAGAUAGAUCGAUAAUAUUAUGGAAUCCAUAUAAAGAAACAUAAUUAAAAUAAUAUUUUGGAGCACAUAAUUAUGAAGUAUAAGACCUAGCUAUUCUAUAAGAUAAUUCAAAAUUUGCAUCUUGUGGAGGAGAUAAAAUUGCUUUUUUAUGGGAUGUGUCAACAGGUUAGGUGAUAAAAAAAUUUGGACCUCAUAGCACUAGAAUAAAUUGUGUUGGGAUAGGAGGAGAGUAAUCGAUUUUAGCAACAGGAGGAUAUGAUUGUGAAGUGAAAAUUUGGGAUUUAAAAGAUAAAAAAUAAAAUUAACCUAUAUAAAGAAUUAAGGAGUUUUAAGAUAGUGUAACAUAAAUUUCAUUCUAAAAUCAUAAUAUGAUUAUCUCCUCUAUUGAUGGACAUAUUAGGUAUUUACAUAAUAUUAUUUAUAAGAACAUUUGAUUUAAGAAAAGGAAUAAUUUAAGAAGACUUUAUAAAGGCAGGAAUUUUUAAAUUUAGUUCUAGUUUUGAUGAUAGACUUUUGGCAUUAAGUUGCAAUGAUUCUAUUAUCAGAAUAUUAGAAAAAAGUUCUGGAUCAAUAUUGGCGGCCCUUUAAGGUAGUCACAUCAGUAAUCAGUACUCAAUUAAUUGUGAGUUUUCAUGGAAUGAUGGUAUGCUAUUAACAGGCUCUGAGGAUGGAAAACUAUGUAUUUUUAACUUUUAUACAAGUAAUCUAUGAUAUUCUUACAGGAAAAUGUUAAAUAACAAGAAAACUUCAUGAUAAAUGCUUAAGUUCUAUAACAUUAAGUAAGUAAUAAAAUGCUUUUGUUACAGCAUCUUAUGACAAUGUAGCAUUACUGUGGAUGGAAUAAAAUUGA